CGCUGCUCAUUGACGUGCCUCCACGCACUGCGCCGAAACUGCGCAGCGCCGCCGAUCCUGAACGCUCGCGCCCCGUGAUGAGGACCGCGCAGCAGCGCACAGCGCGGUGUUACGAUCUGCGGUGGAGUCGUUGUUCGCGCACACACACGGUGCUUGUGAGGGGAGAACGAUACAUCCACAUCCUGGCUGGCGGGCCGUUUGCUUGUCGGUUUUUUGGGGAACUGUGAGCGGCCUCUGGCGUCAAAACCCAAGUGUUUUGUUUCCCUGAAGGAGGGAUGCUGCGCCCCGAGGCUGGGGGUAGGGGGGGGGGGGUUGAUGUGAAGCACUUGCCCAGCCACGAGGCCAUUGCGGCGCCAAUUACCGUUUAGCGCUCUAACGAGGCACCGACGGCCGAUGGUGGGAUCAUAUUGCCUCUCAGGUGCCUCUACGCGCAGCCGCUGCGCGCUGCAGAAGAACAGAAAGUAAAACGGGGCUGGAUCGAGGAGGGAGGGAUGGUGGCCGAGAUGGCGAGCUGCGGAGCGGCUUGUCACCUUGAGGAUGGAGACGGAGAUAUCCCUGCGCCUGAAAACAAAGAUAAUCUGACAGAAAGUGACAGCAGUAGUUCAGAGAACACGGGAACGUCCACUGAGAACUCAGAGGACGAUGAGGAGUAUGAGGAGGAGGAGGAGGAUUCUGAAGGCUGUGCUGAGAAGGAUAGAGGAUAUGAGGGUAAGAAUAACAUCCUAUAAUCAAUCCUAGAAAGUCUUCAUAAUUCAAGGAUUUAAUAAGAUGAAGAAUGAAUGU